UCGACGGUCGGCCAUCUUGGUGUUGAAUACGGGCCGUGGUCUGACAGUAGAGUAACUUUUGUUCAUGCCUCCGUCUAUUUGAAUAGUUCCCUUGCCUAUGAUAUUUGAAAAAGAAUCAACGAGUCACGAGGACGAGGUUCUCUCUGGUACGUCGUGGUAUUUAAAAUCAGUUCAUCGAAUUAAACAGAAUUGACUAAGGAAAAAUGGAUACGCCGAGAGAACGUGAGAUCGCCGCUGAGGACAGCAUCAAGGUGGUCUGUAGAUUUCGGCCACUGAAUGACUCCGAGGAGAAGGCUGGCUCGAAAUUUGUCGUUAAAUUUCCAUCUGGGGGAGAUGAAAAUUGCAUCUCCAUUGGGGGAAAAGUUUAUUUAUUCGACAAAGUAUUUAAACCAAAUGCAACGCAAGACAAAGUCUAUAAUGAAGCUGCUAAAUCAAUUGUUACGGACGUUCUGGCGGGUUACAACGGUACAAUAUUCGCCUAUGGACAGACUUCGUCAGGUAAAACGCACACAAUGGAGGGCGUUAUUGGUGAUCCAAACAAGCAAGGAAUCAUCCCACGAAUUGUCAACGACAUUUUCAAUCACAUUUACGGAAUGGAGGAGAAUCUCGAGUUUCACAUAAAAGUCUCCUACUUCGAGAUUUACAUGGACAAGAUCAGAGAUUUGCUCGACGUAUCCAAAGUGAACUUGAGUGUUCACGAAGACAAGAACCGAGUACCAUUCGUGAAAGGUGCAACCGAGCGUUUCGUAUCUAGUCCCGAGGAAGUAUUUGAAGUGAUCGAAGAAGGAAAGUCAAAUCGACAUAUAGCAGUUACGAAUAUGAACGAACACAGUUCUCGUUCGCACUCAGUAUUUCUGAUCAACGUGAAGCAGGAGAAUCUGGAGAAUCAGAAAAAAUUGUCUGGUAAACUGUACCUCGUCGAUUUGGCUGGGUCUGAGAAGGUGUCGAAGACUGGUGCUGAGGGAACGGUUCUGGACGAGGCGAAGAAUAUUAAUAAGUCACUGUCUGCCCUGGGUAACGUCAUCUCAGCCCUUGCAGAUGGUAAUAAAACACACAUACCGUAUCGUGACUCCAAGUUGACGAGAAUUCUCCAGGAGUCCCUCGGUGGUAACGCAAGAACAACAAUCAUUAUUUGUUGUUCACCAGCAAGUUUCAAUGAGUCUGAGACAAAAUCCACUCUGGACUUUGGUAAACGUGCAAAGACGAUCAAGAACGUUGUCUGUGUCAAUGAGGAGUUGACGGCUGAAGAGUGGAAGCGACGUUAUGAACGUGAGAAGGAGAAGGCUGCGAGGUUGAAGGGAAAAGUCGAGAAGUUGGAGUACGAGCUGUCUCGUUGGAGACAAGGAGAGACUGUCAAACCAGAGGAGCAGGUUAAUCUCGUUGAGGCUCCAGACGUCAUCACACCAAUUCCGAUUGAAGGAAAGGUUGACUCCAAGGUUCCAGAUGGGCCAAUUCCAGCUGUUCCUGGUGGUGGCUUAAUGGCUGGUUCAUUAUCCAAUGAGGAGCGACAGAAACUCGAGGAGGAGAGGGAGCGAUUAUUCCAGCAGCUCGACGACAAGGACGAGGAAAUCAAUCAGCAGAGCCAGUACCUCGAGAAACUCAAGGAGCAGCUGGAGGAACAGGAGGAACUCAUUGCCAGUGCUCGCAGGGAUUAUGAACAGCUGCAGCAGGAGAUGAGCACCAUCAAUCAGGAAACUGAAAGUGCUAAGGAGGAGGUCAAGGAGGUGCUCCAGGCGCUCGAGGAAUUGGCGGUUAAUUACGAUCAAAAGUCCCAGGAGGUCGAGAUGAAGAAUAAGGAGCACGAGGCACUCACUGAAGAGCUUCUCGCUAAACAGACUGCUCUCAAUUCUACCACGUCCGAGCUUCAGCAGUUACGGGAUAUGUCCACUCAUCAGCGUAAACGAACUGCGGAGAUGUUGACCAAUCUUCUGAAGGAUCUUGGGGAGAUUGGGGUUGCUAUUGGAGGAGACGAGAAUCUCAAAUGUCAGAUCACGCCCGAUUCAAAUGGAAAACUCGAGGAGGAAUUCACAGUCGCUAGAUUAUACAUUAGCAAAAUGAAGUCAGAAGUGAAGAAUUUGGUGCAGCGUUGUCAGGGAUUGGAAACGUUCCAGGUUGAUUGUAACAAAAAGAUAUCAGAGUAUGAGAAAGAACUGGGUGAGUGUCGACUAUUGAUCUCCCAGCACGAGGCACGCAUGCAGACUCUCACAGAGUCGAUCAAGGAGGCUGACGCCAGGAAGCGUCAGCUCGAGGAGGAUGUCGACGCAAUGCGGGAAGAGUGCGCCAAAUUGAAGGCUGCUGAGCAGGUCCAGGCUGUCAGCAACAAAGAGAAGGCAGAGGAGAAGGAGGCGGCGACGAAGAUGCGUGUGGCCCUCGAGGAGCAGAUGGAUCAGCUGCGUGACGUUCACCAAAAACAAGUGGCAGCCCUCAGGGACGAAAUCUCAGAAAAGCAGGAGAUGAUCAGUGAACUCAAGGAUCUCAACCAGAAAUUCACGCUCGCCCACCAGCAGAUGCAGGCUGACUACGAACGAUUGAAGCAGGAGGAGGCUGAGAAAUCCUUGAAACUCCAGGAACUCAUCAUGAUGAACGAACGCCGUGAACAAGCGCGAAAGGAUCUCAAGGGAUUGGAGGACACUGUUGCCAAAGAACUCCAGACACUGCACAAUUUGCGCAAACUAUUUGUCCAGGAUCUCCAGGUCAGAAUGAAGAAAACUGCUAAUGCUGAGGACAAUGAGGAUGACGGUGGCUCAUUGGCGCAGAAACAAAAGAUCUCAUUCCUCGAGAAUAAUCUUGAUCAGUUGACCAAGGUCCAUAAGCAACUUGUCAGAGACAAUGCCGAUCUACGGUGUGAAUUACCUAAACUUGAGAAGAGGUUGAGAGCAACUGUUGAGCGUGUAAAGGCUCUUGAGACUGCACUGCGUGAUGCCAAAGAGGGUGCAAUGAGAGAUCGUAAACGUUACCAGUAUGAAGUUGAUAGGAUUAAGGAGGCUGUUCGGCAAAAGAACUUGUCACGACGUGGACCCAGCGCCCAAAUUGCCAAGCCAAUUCGUGCUGGACAACACCAUGGCGGCGGACUCAAUGUUAUUAGGACUGGAAAUCGAGAGAACGAACGCAAGAAUGCAUUCACCGAUGAGAAGAAACGGAUUCCAGAGAUGGACAUAAUUUACAAUUCUUACACAUAAACGAUUACGGUAAAACAAAACAAAAAAACAUUAUAUAUGAAUAAGGGUUAUAGAAGUACUACUAUUCGCAACGAGCACCAUCCGUUUCUUUUAUUCAACAGAGCAAAACUUGAAGAAAAAAUGAAGUAAGAAAAACGAGAAAAAAAUGAAAAAAUAAUAAGCAUGUGCUUAGUACUGGCUAAAAUUAGAUAACAUUAAGUUUACUAUGUAAUACUGCAUGUCUUAUCGAUUUGUAAAUAGUUGAUUUUUAUAAAUUAUUUAAUUUAAAGGAGAUGAAAUAAAAUGUGCGCGGUAAAUCAUUUGAGACAAAAAUCGAUCGAUUUAUGCUGUGCGGAUAUUACAAUUCAUGAUCGAGUCGACGCAUUAUGUUCAGGAAGCUUUCUAAUUAUGCACUGACUUGUAUCGUUGAUCAACAAUGAUUAAUUAUUACAUGGAAAUUCAAUAUCCUAGGCACAGAUGGGAAGAAUCAUUUUUAUUACGCAUUUUGUUGCCGGGUUUGAUUCCACAAAGACGAAAAUAAAGAUGAAAUGAAUGACAAGCAAUAGACUCUGGCCUAGACGCAAUCAUCAUUCGACCUAGUUUAACAAUUGCCAGAGUUGAAAUAACUAAAUUGAGAUGCAAUAGUAUUUCAUGUGCAGUUGAAUGCGAUUGGACAUGCAGUUGCUGGAUUGUGAGAAUGACUGUGGCUUAUGUGUAUUCCAAAUUGCAAAAGAUGUUAAUGAAAUGACACCUUCAUUCUUUUGCUUAUUGGUAAUUUAUUGGGUGAUUGAUCUUGUCCCUGAAGACAGUUUUGAUGCAGCGAAUCAGUUGGGAGGACUCGCUUAAUAGCAGUUAAGCGUUCAAGUCUCUCCACUGCGAUUUUUAGAUUCAGAAAUUGAAACUGUCUUCCCUCGGGCAUUUAUUCUCCUGUGGUAAUGUCAAAUUUUUAUGAUUCAUCAAGGAAAAUAAAUCAUGAAGCAUGGGUAACCCAUCUCGAAUGUCCCACUCGAAUAUUUAUUUAUAUGAUAUUUUCUAUGAAAUUUUCGGAAUACACGCAAUAGUACUGAAAAUUAUACAGAAUUCUGAAUUCAUCAGAAAUUAAUUGUCCAAACCGCUUGAAAUUUCCUUUCGAUCCUUGACGUUGCUAAUGUCAUUAUAUUUAUUGAAAAUUGAACCAAGAGUUGAAAUACCUUGGGACGCCUGGUGAAUAAUUGUUUUUGUCAAUUCUGGUGCAACGAUUGUGCAUAAUGACAUUGAAAGCUGACAUAAUGACAAUUUUUAUCCUAAUAUUUUCACGAUUACUGAGCUUAAAGAAGAGAAUGAUUAAAAGUGCUUUAGUUAUUUAAAAAAAAAAUUUGGCUGCUGUAUUUAUAUUAUUUGUAACUUACGAGCCACACGUACUUGAUAUCAUGUCUGUGAAUGACGCAACAUGGUAUCGUAUGUUAUGAUUGAUCAUUUGAAAAAGAAUUAGAAGAAAUCUGUGACACGAGCCUGGAACGCUCGACAGGCGAGCUUGCAAUUCUAGGUAGGAACAAAUUGAUAUUGUAUUGAUUUUGCAGACUAUUUUAUUAUGCCUGCGUUGAUUAAUAAUCCUGAUUUUUUUUUCAUGACGACUUGGCUCUGUUAUUUCAUCCUUAAUUAAUGCAAUUGCACCAAUAAAAUUCCGUUGCGAUUGAAACUCGAGAUAUUCCCCCCAACUUUUCAUUUUUACAAUGCAAUAAUGUGUCUGUAUGUAUAAAUAUUCAUCAUUUUUAAACAAAAAAAAAUCUGUCGCACAGUUAUAGUCCUUCCCGAUACCAGUCCAGUCGUCAUGCACUUCAUAUUUUAUCGAUACCUAUAUUUUCCAUGGAGAAUGAAGCAAAGUGAUUAAUUCGAAUAGAAAUUUAUUCAAACUAUUUUGCAUCAACAGGAACGUUGAUAUUUAGAUUAAUUUAAAGAGUCCUAUUUAUUAAUCCGAAUCUUCAUUACCAGAAAGGCAUUAUUAAUCAUUUACUUUGUAUCUCAUCAAAGUGCAUCUCAGAUGAGGAGGUGAAUUAUAUGAAAAUGUUUCAAUUCAAAUUGAAUUCAAUUGAAGAAGUUAUAUUUCAAAAGAAUUUGUAAGCAUAAUUAAGUUGCAUUUUUGGGCAUGCACAGACAAUGGAUUCAGCUAAGGAACAGCACAUUUGUAUGGCCGAUAACUAUUAAAAAAAUUGUGAAGGAGAACAAGAUAGAACAUAUAUAUGAGAAGAAUGAGCUCGUUGGCGCAUCGACGGCGGCAUCGUCGAAAAAUUUCAGAGAAAUAAAUGCAAAAUUUGAAAAAACUCUGGAACGAACAGAUUAUUUUUCAUAACAUUAUUAAAUCAGAGAAAUGCAUCCUAUAUUAUUAUACACAUAAUCGCGAGACCGUAUGACUAAUGAACGGCCCAGUUGAAUGACUGUUUUCAAUUUCUCGUGCAAUUGCGAAGGAUUUGGAACGAAUAAUUCAUUUGAAUACGAUCUGAACAUCUGAAAUUAUCGACACAAUGUAGAUAUUGUCUGUGUUCUUAUCACAAUAAAGCAGUAUGUACUGAUUGUCCCCAAAUUCUAA